CAACCGCAGCAGCAGCAGCCGCAGCCGCAGCAGCCGCAGCAGCAGCAGCAGCAGCAGCCGCAGCAGCCACCACCGUUCCCCCAGGGACGGCAGCAGCAGCCGCAGUGGCAGCCCCAGUGGCAGCAGCAGCGAACACCGCCCUUCCCGCAGGAUUCACCACAGCAGCCGCAGCGGCAGCAGCCGCAGCAGCAGCAGCAACAACAGCAGCAGCCGCAGCAGCAAGCCCCGAGUUUUCCUGAUUUGCAAGGAUGA